CACCUCCCCAAGAGGCAGUAUGCCACUGGAGCUGCCGCCAUAAUGACUGAAUGGGAGACUGUGCCCGCUGUGGCGGAGAUCCCCGACAUCAAGCUCUUCGGGAAAUGGAGCACGGAUGAUGUUCAGAUCAAGGACAUCUCCCUUCAGGACUACAUAGCGGUGAAGGAGAAGUAUGCCAAGUACCUGCCCCACAGCACCGGGUGCUACGCAGCCAAGCGCUUCUGCAAGGCCCAGUGCCCCAUCAUGGAGUGCCUCACCAACUCCAUGAUGAUGCACGGCCGCAACAACGGCAAGAAGCUCAUGACCGUGCGCAUCAUCAAGCAUGCCUUUGAGAUCAUCCACCUGCUCACUGGGGAGAACCCCCUGCAGGUCCUGGUCAACAACAUCAUCAACAAUGGGCCCAGGGUGGACUCGACCCGCAUCGGCUGUGCCGGCACUGUCCAGAGACAGGCUGUGGAUGUGUCCCCGCUGUGCCAUGUCAACCAAGCCAUCUGGCUGCUGUGCACUGGGGCCUGCGAGGCCGCCUUCCACAACAUCAAGACCAUCGCUGAGUGCCUGGCCAACAAACUCAUCAACGCUGCCAAGGGCUCCUCCAACUCCUACACUAUCAAGAAGUACAAGCUGGAGCAUUAAAUCAAACCGUUAAAGCCGUGGGAACUGCCCCAAUAAACUCUGUGAUUCCACUCG